GACAAAAGGAACGGGCGAAAGUUUUUCUAUAACGAUGAGACGUCAAAUUUUUGGCUUUAUAAAAAAAUUUUCGCGUGACGAGUUCGUUGUCGAAAACAACCAAUAAAUAUUAUUUAAAACAUUUGCAACAAUCAAGUAUUUUGUUUAAACGAAUUUUGCUGGUGCGGUGGUGCAACUUGGACGUGAGAAAACAACAAAAAAAAAAUCAAUUGCUGGUUCGGUACUCGGGCCAAUUUCAAUUUUUAUUCUGCGUAUAUUUGAGUGCGAAAAAAAGCAAGGGAAGGAGGGCAAAGAAGAAAAGCGAAAAUAGCCACGGAAAAGAAAACUAAAUGAGAACAAAAAUUAAGUCAUUGAAGCCAGAGACACGGAAAACUAGACGACAACGGUCGAAGUUGGAAGAAAAUGAAUGAGGCACGAGUCGAGAUGAGAAUAUGAGAGGAGACAGUGAUAGCGACUAGUUCCAACAGCAAUUGCAGCAGUAUAAAUAAAUAAAUAUCAAGUGAAGGAAGAAGGAAGAAAUCACUGCUGAAUUGUGUGUAAUUCGCAUCAUACUCAAGUUUAAUGCAAUCCGAAUAUAUAAAGUGAAAAUCAAAAUUUCCAACUAAAAAAGUCUCAGCUGGGUGGCAGCAGCAGCCGCAGCCGCAACAAGGCAGCGCGCGUGUGUUGUGUGCGUGUGCGUGCGUGUGUGUGUGUGUGUGUGAGUGUGAGUGAGCGAGUGCAAGUCUGUGGUUGUGAGUGUGUGUGUCGUGUGUGCAAGUUUUUGGGGCUGUCGGGUGUUCGUUUUUGAAAGAGGAGUAGAAAAAAGAAGAAGCGAGUUGUGUCUUUAAGUGUUUGUUUGUGUGUGUGUGGAAUUCUUGACAAUUCCCCAACAUACGUUACCAUGGAAUAUUACCUAGGAGGUUACGUCUAUAUGAAUGGAGAUGCUGUCAAGAUUCAGCCGCCUGUUUACACCAAUGUUCCUGUUGAAACGGCAAUGUUAGCUACCAACCUGUUUGGCACACCGACACAGAUCGCAGCACCGACAGCAGCUCAUAUACCCAUAAUCACAGCAGCAGCAGCAGCUGCAGCAGGAGGCACACCAACAGGAACAGUAGCGCCCCCAACAGCACAGCCCGCACAGCAUUCACAGCAGCAGCAGCAACAACAACAACAGCAGCAGCAGCAGCAUCCACAGCCACAACAACAUCCACAUCAGCAUCAGCAGCACCAGCAGCAGCUCAUCUCUCAUACGCACGCCCACGCUGUGGCAGUUGCCGCUGCAGCCGCCGCUCAGCAGCAGCAGCAGCAACAACAACAACAACAGCAACAGCAAUCAACGCAGACCAUCCAAACGGUGCAGGCGGUAACGCCGGCUACGGCCCAGUUACAUCUGCAGGCUCAUCCGCAUCCGGGACAACAGCUUUUGCAGUACGGUCAUCCGGCUCAGCAGCCGCUGCAACCGUUGCAACCGCCGCUGCCGCCGCUGCCGUCCACUGGGGAAAGCAUUCAGGCAAACGCUCUUGACAAUACCGAAUACGCCAUCAUGAAUGGAGCCAUCGCUCAGACUCAAGAUGGCAACCUCGUCUGCUAUACCACAGAGGCCCUCGUACCUGGCGUUAACCAAACGAAUUUAGUUGCCCUCGAGCAGCAGCAGCAGCCCGAGCUCAUCGCACAGCAGCAGCAGCAGCAGCAGCAGCUGGCGGCCGAUGAAUGUGGCAUGCCGCUGGACAAGCUCAAGCAGAUGCUGGCCACGCAGCUGGACUAUUACUUUUGCAGAGAGAAUCUGGCAACCGAUACUUAUCUAGUGUCCCAAAUGGACAGCGAUCAAUAUGUGCUCAUAAAGACAGUGGCCAAUUUUAAUCUUGUUAAGAAACUAACCAAGGACAUCAACCUGAUUACCGAGGUGCUGCGCGAAUCGCCCAACGUUCAGGUCGAUGACGAGGGUCUGCGCGUGCGCCCCAACCACAAACGUUGCAUCAUCAUAUUGCGCGAAAUAUCCGACAACACGCCACUCGAUGACGUCAAGGCGCUGUUCAGCAGCGAGAACUGCCCGCGCCCGAUUGCCUGUGAAUUUGCGGCCAACAACUCGUGGUACAUCACAUUCGAGUCGGACGAGGAUGCACAGAAGGCCUUCAAGUAUUUGCGCGAGGAGGUCAAGGAGUUUCAGGGCAAGCCCAUAAUGGCGCGCAUCAAGCCCAAGUCAUUUAUCAAUAGAAUACCUGCUGUACCAAAUAUUAAGAACGGCUAUCGUCUCAACUCACCGCCAACUGCCGCAGUAUAUGAUCCAGCCGCUGCCGCUGGCGCCGCUGCAGCUGCCGCCGCUGCCGUCAGCUACAAUGCGGCACCACAGCGUUUUGUAUAUGCCGGCAAUGGCGCCCUAACACCGGCCACGGUGCCCUACGGUGGCCAGGUUCUGAUCCCCUUUCAGCAGCAACCGUUCUACACGGGCCUGAUGCCGUGGCAACCGACCACUGUGGCCGCGGCGACAGCGGCGGCGCAUGGCCAGAACUUCUAUGAGAUUGGCGGCAACAUAUAUGCAGCAAAUGGUCUGGCACCGCAGGCUGUCGCUGCCAAUUUUACAACAGCACCACCGCCCGCCACACAAAUCGUUACGAAUAAGCCGCAGAGCGGCGCCGGCGGCGGCGGUCGCUACAAUAGCAACAAUCGCGGCAAUCCGAACAACCUGACCGGCGCAGGACCGCGCGGCGAGCUGCGCAGCAAGCCGCCGCGCAAUGCACAGCAACAACAACAACAACAGACGUCUUCGCAUAUCCAGAGCGGCAACAUCAUCAUGCCAACGACGCUGCGUGGCAUCAGCGUGGUGCCGGCUGCCAUUGUGGAUCCAAUACAACAGCAGCAGCAACAACAACAACAACAGCAGCAACAGGUGCAACAGGUGCAACAGCAUCAGCAGCUGCAGCAACAGCAGCAGCCGGCGAACUCCAGCCAGCAACAGCAGGUGCAACAACAAAUUGUGAGUGGAAACUCGGCUGGCUCCACGCGAUAUGCGCUCAAGACUAACUGGAAGGGUGGCAUUCAGAAGAAUCUGGAAAAGAGCUACCAUCACUACAGCACCACCCAGGUGCAAACGCUGCCCAGCAGCCAUGCUCACCAUCAGCCACAGCAGCAGCAGCAGCAAACCCACUAUCAAUUGCCUUCCUCGAGUGCCGCCGCCAGCUCGACGCACUCAACAUACGCCAAUUCACACACUGCAACGUUGACGCUGGCACCGCAGCCUGGACAGCAGCAACAGCAGCAUCAUCACCUGGUGGUGCAUGCCGCACAGCCCGUUGAGCUGCAGGAAGCUAGCGGCGGCGGCGAUAAUGUUGUUGUUGUCGAGCACGGUGGCAGCUCGCAUGGCAUGCAGCCGAGUCGCAGCAACAUGUCGGCCAGCUCCUCAUCAUCGCUGGCCACUUCCAUUGGCGGCAAGGAGCCACAGCCGCUGCACUGGCAGACACGUCCGCGUCGUCGCCGGCGCGACGAAGAAGGCGGCCUCAACUACUCGCCAGGCGGUCGUGUUAAUAUCUAUGGCGGCUCGCCGCAGCAGCUGCUCUCCUCGUCGUCUGCCUCGUCCACGAAUAACGUGCAGUCGACGCAUCGCGAGAGUCAUUAUAGCAGCACUCAUGAGGCACAACCGGCGCCGCCGCAGCAUCGCGGCAAUUACAAGGGCAACAAUUAUAAUCCCAACUAUCAUGCUCAGCAGCAUGCGUCCAUGUCGCAUCAUCAUCAUCAUAAUCACAGCCAUAGCGCGCUGCCCUCCCAGCAGCAGCAGCAGCAGCAACAACAACAACAACAGCAGCAGCAGCAGCAGCAACAACAUCAUGUGCCAGCUGCACAGCAAAGCUCGAGCCAUAGUUAUCAUCAUCAUCAUCAUCACAACUCGAUUGGCAGCAAUGUGGGCAACAGCGGCGGGCUGGGGGUUAGCAGCAGCAGCAACAACAGCAACAUGUCGAACAACAUUGGCGCCAGCAGCAGCAGUGGCGGCGGAGGCGGCGGCGGCGGAGGAGGAGGCGGCGGCGGUGGCAGUGGCAGCAGCAGCAAUGAGCGCGGCUUGCACCAUGGCAUCAGCAUGGGCUAUCAGGGCCACAAUGCGCAUCAUCACCAGCAGCAGCUGCAGCAGCAGCAGCAGCAACAACAGCAGCAGCAGCAGCCGGCGGCUCCAGCACAGCCGCCGCAAUUUGAUUUGGAGGCGUCCGCCUUUCCACCGCUGCCGGCUACCUCGGCGCCGGCACAUGGGGCACAUCAUCAUCAUCAUCAUCACAGCCACAGCAACGCUUCCAUGCAUAACUCCAGCAGCAACUCAUCCUCAUCGGCGAGCGGGCUGAGCCACAAGCAGCAGACGGCCAAUCAGAGUCAGGCCCAUCAUCAGCCUGAAUGCAGUGGUGAGGAGCCGCGUUCAAGCAAUCAUCAGCAUGCCGAGAGCAAUGCGCAUAGUUCCUCCAGCAACUCCUCAACGGCGGCUGCAGCUGGCUGGCCCGAGAAUCGCCUCGCGGACGUCGUACGGACGGGCGGCAAAGGCAAAGCGCGCAAGGAUGCCGCCGUCGCCGCCGUUGCUGCUGCACCGAACCGACAUCCAAAUCAACUACAACAACAGCAGCAGCAGCAGCAGCAACAACAACAGCAGCAUUUGCCCCAGCAGCAACAUUAUCAGCAGCAGCAGCAGCGCAAUCUGGCCAUUAGUCCCACGCCCGCAAUGGUAGUCGUAGCUCCAGCUCCAGCUCCAGCUGAGGCGGGCAACAAUACUAAAAACUUUACUAAGCAGAGCUCUAGUAAUAACCCGAUCAAUGUGAUAAAGUGUAUAACACCAAAUAUCAAUGCCAGCAACAAGUUGAGCAACAACAAUAACAAUACGACGACGACGACGAUGACGACGACAGCAACAGCUGCCGGUGAAGAGGCAGCUGCUGUUGGCGCUGCUGCUCAGCAGCUGGAUAAAUCAAACAAGACUGAGGAUGAAAUGCAUCCAAUACAAGGCGGCGGCAAGCAGCGCCAAGUCGAGCAGCAGCAGAUGACAAAUGACUAUGUGCGCGGCAUGGCCGCGCCUGGUGCACUGCCCAUGGCCAUAGGGCAUAUGCCGCCGAUCUCGGGCGCUGGCGCCUGCAGUGGCAUCCACCACGUGGCAACCACGCUGGCCACCACCGGCUUCAACGAGCCGAGUCUUAGUCUGGGCCAACACAAGAAGCCGGCCGCGGCUAACACGCAGCAGCAACACACCAAAAAGGAGCUCAACACUGGCGCCACCGGCAAAGAUGCCAGCAACAACAACAAACACAAAAGCGUCGCCACCUCCACAUCCUCCCCCCCCAAUUCAGUGUCAACGGAGAAUAUUGCCGCGGCCGCAACCGCAACCGGCGCUAGCAAACUCAGCUAUGCGCAGGUGGCGCAGCAUCACAAGACCGCCGCCGAGGCCAAGGACGGCGCUGCUGUCUCGCCCACGGCCAGCCAUAAGCUGGAGCUGGAAGCCACGCCCACGGCCGACAAAGUCGCACCGACUGUCACAACUGAAAAGCGUCUGGCCGCAGCGCCGCCAACGGCCGCAGCUGCGCAGGCGGGCAAAGCCGCCGGCGGCACGCAGACACAGGCAAAGGAGAAGGAUGCUGCUCAGCGCGAGUCGCGUCCGAAUGCGGCACAGAUUGCCGGCAGCUCGCGCCAGCAGAGCAAGGAGAAACCACCGCAACACUAUGGAUCAUCCUCUGAUCACAACAAUACGAAUGCCAAUCAAAGCGGUCGCAAAUCGAGAUCCAAUAACUCUUAGAAGCAAAGCAGGUCGCCAAAUCUGCGACAAAUGUGAAAAUGAAUACUUUGCUAGAAGCCGCCCCCGUUACCCCCCCCCCCCCCCCCCCCCGUACUGUACAUAAAUUCCAUGUGUAAAUACAAAGAAAAGCCGUUUUUUGUUAUAUCUAUAAGCGCUAUAGAUAUUUACGAGCUAACCAAGGAGGCAUAUAUAUAAGAGUUGGCGUCGCACUGAGGAGAGAUUAAAGGGGGCGACACCGGCUUGGACCAGUUAUCAUAUAAUAUGAUAAAGCAUAGGCAAAGGAAUAAUGGUGCAUAACAUUAAUGAAAACACACACACACACACGCAGAGACUCUCACAUCUAUAUAUGUAUAAUCAGUUAAAGUUAAUUUAUCUUAGCUUAAACCUAGAUACACACACACACACAUCAAAACACAUGUAGAUUAGCGCAACGAUGAUGAAUUGGUAGAGCGUAUAUAUAUAUAUAUAUAUAUAGCGUGUAUAUAUAUAGCGUAUAUAUAUAUAGAGAAAGAGAGAGGGGGAAGUUAAGUUUACGAUUACGAUUAAUGUAAAUUGUUUGAUUGAAGUCAGCCAAGUUGCAUCCGUUUGGGAUGUUAGCUAAAUAACGACAACAACAAAAAGAAUAGCAUUAAUCAUUAUUAAUAAUCCAUUACUCAUUGCCGGUGAAUCAUGUUCUUCAUCAUCAUGUGUUGAUUAUCGAACGUUAAUUUUCAUUUGCUUAUAUGCUAAAACUUGAAUAGAUUAUAGCACACACACACACACACACACACACACAGCCUAUACGAGAGUUCUACCUAUAUAGAUCGGGCUAUAUAUGCGCUAGUCCCAUAACAUUUGUUUCUUUUCAUUUUUUUAAUAUUAUUAUAAACUUUAUCAGUUUGUCUGAUAGCAGCGACCAUUGAAGUCUUUUUAGUUUAUUUCGAACCUUUGGGAGUUUUUGUUGUACUUAUUUCAUGUCCUAAAGGAACCCGUUAACACGGACACAGACUGGCACACACACACACACACACACACAUACACUCUCGUACACUUAUAUGUAUAUGGAAAUGAUUGCAAACAUUUUGAAAUUGCAUUUCUUCCACAUAUAAGGGCAAUUUUCUCAGUUCGAUGGUUUCACACACACACAUUUCUCGAGAAAAACUAAAACCAAAAACAAGUUAAAGCAAAUUUUAUAACGCAGAACAAAUAACUAAUAUUAAAACAAUUCGUGUUACUCUCAACAAAUACAAAACUAUUUUUGUAUAGACAACGACACAUAAACUAAAAAAAAAAAACUAAACAAAAAGAUAGCAAAAGGUGCCAUAAAGAAA